GGGAUAACUACAGCCAACAUGCCAGGGCAUCGGGGCAGAAUACGGAAAGCGGGAGGGACAAAUUGCCAAUGUUUGGAGUCUGGUUUCCAGGUUGCCGUUUUUGGGGGCUCUGGGUGUGGCGGUUGCCGUAGCUGAAAUUGGCUGCACCAUGUCGGCCUUCGAGAAGCCUCAGAUCAUCGCCCAUAUCCAGAAGGGCUUCAACUACACGGUGUUUGACUGUAAGUGGGUGCCCUGCAGCGCCAAAUUUGUGACCAUGGGCAACUUCGCACGGGGCACCGGCGUCAUUCAGCUGUACGAGAUCCAGCACGGGGACCUGAAGCUGCUUCGGGAGAUUGAAAAGGCCAAACCUAUUAAAUGUGGAACAUUUGGUGCAACAUCUUUACAGCAGAGAUAUUUAGCUACUGGAGAUUUUGGUGGAAACCUUCAUAUAUGGAAUUUAGAAGCUCCAGAGAUGCCAGUAUAUUCUGUAAAGGGCCAUAAAGAAAUUAUAAAUGCCAUAGAUGGCGUAGGUGGACUAGGAAUUGGAGAAGGAGCACCGGAAAUUGUGACUGGCAGCCGAGAUGGAACUGUGAAGGUGUGGGACCCAAGGCAAAAAGAUGAUCCUGUUGCUAAUAUGGAACCUGUACAAGGAGAAAACAAGAGAGACUGUUGGACUGUGGCAUUUGGCAAUGCUUAUAAUCAAGAAGAACGUGUUGUUUGUGCUGGCUAUGACAAUGGGGAUAUCAAACUAUUUGAUCUCAGAAAUAUGGCAUUACGGUGGGAGACAAACAUCAAAAAUGGGGUGUGUAGCUUGGAGUUUGACAGAAAAGACAUAAGUAUGAAUAAGUUAGUAGCCACAUCUCUGGAAGGAAAGUUCCAUGUUUUUGACAUGAGAACACAGCAUCCAACCAAAGGUUUUGCCUCUGUUUCAGAAAAGGCUCAUAAAUCUACUGUGUGGCAGGUCCGACACCUGCCGCAGAACAGGGAGCUCUUUCUGACAGCUGGAGGCGCCGGCGGCCUUCACCUCUGGAAGUAGUAUCGGUAGAAAAUCAAAGUGGAGCGUGAUACUCACGUUUGCAAAACAGCUGUGGAGCCAUGGACAGGGCAUAGUUCUAGGUGCUUUCAUUCAUCACCUCGUUACUCUACACGGCAACCUGGGGUGGUUGGUAUUAUCAGCCCCACCUUACAAGAGAGAAGUGAGGCAGCUGAAGUUCUAACCCUAUCAAUUCUGGUAAAGAGCACCACAGAGAAACCAAAAUAUGGUUAAAAGCUUUGUGAGGAGAUAGACAGCAGUAUACUUACGACAGGCGACAGGAUGACAGGAGUCACCUGCUCUGAGAGAACGCUUGUGACCCUGGAGCGCUCAGUUUGGCCCACCCAGGGCUAGAAGCUGCCUUUGUUAUUCAAGGACUCUGGGUUUCACACAAAUGGCAUGUCCUUUGGUGGGGGCUGAGAGCCCCGUAGAAAUGGAUCAUUACCAUCAGAAGCGAUGCCUUAGCACCCACAUGUGCUAGAUUCAUUAGAAUAACCUGCAUCCCCCCAGUCCCUGCAAAGUGAGAUGGCUGGGUUCAAACAAGGUUCUGUAAAAGUUAGAUGUUUGGGUCUGACAAACCAUACUGAUGGGAGUUUCAUAAAAUAGAUCAACUCACUGGAUAGACAUCAACUAUGUAAAGGAAGUAAGGUGUUGUGUUUACAAUGACUCUUUUCCUAAAACAUAGAUUAAGCUUCCAUAAGUUUGCUUUGACAGUGGUAAAAUGCAAUUGCCAGAGGUUGAGCCAGCUAAUCAAUGUAAUCUCUGUGCUCCUUUAAACACAAGGAAUUGUUCUUUUCAUAGUUCAGCCCUGCUCCGAUGACUUCGCUAUUCCCCUUCGAAUGAAUGUGUAGGCUAAACACAUGCAGCUUAACUUUGUGUGAUACACACUAUUAGAUAAGCACAGAGGGUCAGGAUCUCAUUAAGAUGGGGUGGGUUGGAGAAGCCAUUUCCACUUGACAUCAUAAUAGCAUUAGAUUGGAAAAGUUAUUCAGAUCCAUGCAGAGGACACAUGGACUUCAUUCAAACCCAGUAAGUCUGGCUGUUUGAAACAGAUUCCUUUAAGGAGUCUAUCCUGUUUGUUUAUUUGGUAUGUAGUACUACAUAUCAAACCCUAGAAAAGGAAAAAAAAAACAUUGGAAGUAUUUAGUAAAGUGGAGCCAAAAGAGAAAGAGCAGAAAACAAAAGGUGCACCAUGAAAAGAAAGGUAAAGACAAGGACAAAAAGUAGGAGAAAGUAAAAAUAUUUCUGUUUAAAUUUGUUAAUUUAUAUUUUUAACCUACUUCAGGCCUGAAGUUCUGCUAUAGCCCAGGAUAUUUAUUCCAAAGAUAAAUGAAUAAGAUUGACUUAUUUAUAUAGUCUCUCUCUGUCUUUUUUUUUUUUUUUUUUGUGACGGGGUCUGGCUCUGUUGCCCAGGCUGGAGUGCAGUGGCAGAUCUCAGCUCAUUGCAACCUCUGGACCUCCUGGGCUCAAGUGAUCCUCCCACCUCAGCCUCCCCAGUAGCUGGGACUACAGGACUACAGGCAUGAGCUACCACGCCUGGCUAAAUUUUUUUUUUUUUUUGUAGAGACAAAAGUUUUACCAUGUUGCCCAGGCUGGUCUUGAACUGAGUUCAAGCAAUUUGCAUGCCUCAGCCUCCUAAAAUGCUGAGAUUACAGGUGUAAGCCACUGCACUUGGCCUAUAGUCUCAUUUUAAAGACAUAUUUUCUAGUAGCUUUUUCAACAUUCGCUCAAUGUGUCAUUUUCAUUACGAUUGUUCAUACUAUGUGAAACCCAAAUAGUAAGUUGAUCUUCAAGCCUUAAUAACUGAUUUCAAAUAAUUUUCCAAAUAGGCAAUGAUUUUUCUUACUGAAAACAUUUCCUCCAUUAUUUUCAGUAGUGAUCAAUAUCAGGGAAAGAACUUAUCUACAUCCUGAAACCAAAAAGAACUUAGGUCUGUUAAAUUCUGAUGAUCAGCAUAGAUGGCCACAGUUUAUUUAAAUACCAUAGAUCUUUGGGUCUCAAAGUGUUGUCCUGAACCAGGUGUCACUGUCACCUGGGAACUUGUCAGAAGUGAAAAUUCUCAGCAACCUGCCCCACACCUGAUGAAUCAGAAACUCUGGGGUGACAGGGCAGCAAGCUGUGUUGCAGCAAGCCCUCCGUGUUCUGGUGCGUGCUCGAGUUUGAGAACCACUGCAUUUUUGUAUUCUCAGUGGUGGUUUUAUUUUCUAACCACGUUGUUUCACUGCAUGGAUAAGGUAUACAAACCAGGUCAGCUGUAUUCUAGGAAGUUCAUCUAUUCUGCAAAGGCUGAAUACACCUUGCCCAAUGCUGCCUCUGAUGGGCAGUGGAAACCUGAAACCUGCAGAAUAUUUCUGGCAUACAGGUCAUAUUUUCCAUCAUUAUUCAAUACUUGCUUACUAAGGAUGAAUUUCCUUAACAUAAAUUUGAACAAAUUUAUUCCUUGAGAUGGUAGAUCCACUUAAAAGGGUGUAAAUGACAGUGCCAACAACAAUUAAAAGUACUUGCUUCACCUAACUAAAACAUAUGUGGUUUCUUGUAGCUGAAGCAGUCAUUUUUAAUGAGCUGAGUCUCUUCUUGGAAUCACAGUAUGAUACAGAAUAAAAAUGUAAAAGGGUCUUUAUUAUGUCCUCACUCUUGUAUGACAGAGUGUAAUGAAGACACUUUCAAAUAAAGGCUUUGAGAGUGUGCCAUUCAUAAACCCUCUCUGAAAGAGCUUCUAAAGGAUGUACUUUAUGAAGGACACUGAAUCCAGAAGGAAGAAAAGGGAUAAAAGAAAGCGUAACAACAGCAAUAACAACAACAACAAAUGUGUACUACCACAGCUACAGCAUUUUUGGAGAGACAACUGUCUUUCCCUUCUUAAAUUUCUCUCCACAAUCCCAAUGGUGGAAGUUUAAAUUUCAGACACAGAACAAUGUGCUACCAUUGAUUGAGCGUCUACUCUGUACCAGACUGUAAAGGAUUGUGAUAUCUAUGUGAACAUAUUGUGUGAAUCCCCAAAUAGUGACUUGAUCUUAUCUCAUUCAUGCUUCAUAAUCAACCUAUGGGGUAGGUAUUGUUUUAUACAUUUAGAAGCUGAAGCUGAGAGAAGUUAAGGAACUGGCCCAAGAUCACACAGCCAGGAGGCAGCAGGGUCAGGGUUUGACCCAGGCCUACCUGAUGAUAUUGCUCAGGUGUUUAACUGUCAGUCUAGCAAUGUCGAAGAUAACUAAGACUCCAAAUGCUAAGUAGCUUUUUGAAAUAAGCUGUAGAGCUCUUCUAUUUUUACUUAUUUAUUUUUUUUGAGACAGGGUCUUGCUCUGUCUCCCAGGCUACAGUGCAGUGGUUCAGUCUCGGCUCACUGUAGCCUCAACCUCCCAAGCUCAAGUGAUCCUUCUGCCUUAGCCUCCCAAGUAGCUGGGACUACAGGUGCCCACCACCACACUGGGCUAAUUUUUAAUUUUUAUUUUUUGUAGAGACUAUGUUUUGCUAUGUAGUCCAAGCUGGUCUUGAUCUCCUGAGCUCAAGCAAUUUGCCCAGCUCAGCCUCCCAAAGUGCUGCGAUUACGGGCGUGAGCCACUGUACCCAGCCAUGUAGAGCUAUUCUUGACCUCAUAUUGCUUUAUC